AUGUCCUACUUGCAGGCUGAACCCAAAAAUGUGGAACCCUCAAAUGAAGUCUCAAAUCCAGGACCAAGUGGAACGCGCUCUGAUCUUUCACUUCAAAUUCCCCCUAAAUCCAUAGGUUUUGGCACUAGUCGUAGUGGAAAAGGUUUACUCCAUUCUCAGAAUUCAUACAAAGGCAGUUCACCAGGAGGCAUGUUGCGGGCUCUCAGCUUGAAGAAAAAAGCUGCUGCACCUGAUGGUGAGAGGAGCUCUCUCCUUAAUUCAGACCACAAAACAGCUCCAGAUAGUCCUAUUAUGGCCAGCUUCAAGUCAGCUUUUUCUUGGGAAAGGUGCACUUCUCUCCCUGUCACACCUGCAUCAAACUUGUCUCCUGUUUCCAUGCCUGCUUCAGCAAGAAUGCCUGGUGAAUCUCAUAAAAUAAAAAAGGGGGCUGGUCAUCCUGUGGUUUCAAAGUCCCUCUCUGUGCCUGGGCGAAAUGUUGUUAUCGUACGAUCUGCAUCUUUUGCUACUCACAACGAGCAUGUUCUACCAGAUCCCAGUAAUGAUCAAAUAACACCUGUUCCCAUGCAAGACGAUGAUGAAGAAAUUCCUGAAGAGGAAGCUGUGUGUAGGAUCUGUUUUGAUGUAUGUGAAGAAGGAAAUACGCUCAAAAUGGAAUGCAGUUGCAAAGGUGCCCUCAGACUUGUACAUGAAGACUGUGCAAUUAAGUGGUUUAGCACCAAAGGAAACAAGAAUUGUGACGUAUGUGGGCACGAGGUUAUGAAUUUGCCUGUGACCUUGCUUCGGGUAACAAGCUCAGCCCAAAGUAAUAACAGACAGGAACAGAGUCGUCAGAGAUCACAGGAAAUAAGUGUGUGGCAGGACUUUGUUGUGCUUGUCUUAAUUAGCACCAUAUGCUAUUUCUUCUUCUUGGAGCAAUUAUUGAUUCAUGACAUGAAGACUCAAGCAAUUAUAGUUGCUGCACCAUUUGCGUUCACGUUGGGUCUUUUGUCAUCUAUCUUUGCAGUCAUUCUAGCAAUCAGAGAGUAUAUAUGGACAUAUGCUGCACUUGAGUUUGCAUUUGUGGCCAUUAUUGUCCACCUAUUCUACAGUAUGCUUCAUCUGAAUGCCAUUUAUGCUUUACUAAUUUCAUCAGUUUUGGGCUUUGGGUUAGCUAUGAGCCUCAACUCAUUGUACAUUCAAUAUUUUGCUUGGCGAGUUCAGGUUGGCCAGAACGAGAAUCAGAACUCGAGUCCAGUAUGA